AUGUCUUACCCAGUGAUUGCGAUUGGCAUCGUGGCCGCCAUCUACUUUCUCGUCAGGUAUCUGAAUGCCACGGAUGUUCCUAAAAUCAAGGGCCUGCCAGAGAUUCCGGGCGUACCUAUAUUCGGAAAUCUGCUUGAGCUGGGGAUAGACCACGCGAGAGUAGCGCAACGAUGGGCGCGCAAGUAUGGGCCAGUCUUUCAAACUAGACUCGGCAAUCGUCGCAUCAUCUUUGUCAACUCGUACGAAUCAGUCAAGCACUUCUGGAUCACACACCAAUCCGCACUCAUCUCCCGUCCCAUGUUCCACACCUUCCACUCCGUCGUAUCCUCCUCGCAGGGCUUCACGAUCGGCACCUCCCCAUGGGACGAGUCGUGCAAGCGUCGCAGAAAGGCCGCCGCCACGGCUCUCAACCGCCCAGCAACACAGUCCUACAUGCCCAUCCUGGAUCUCGAAUCAACCGUGAGUAUCAAGGAACUACUGGAUGACUGUAAGGGCGGCACGCAGCCCGUAGAUCCAAACGCCUACUUUGCGAGAUUUGCGCUCAACACCUCACUCACGCUGAACUAUGGGUAUCGUAUUGACGGCUCUAUUGACAGCGAGCUUCUCAAGGAGGUGACGCAUGUGGAGCGAGAGAUUUCCAACUUUAGAUCCACGAGUAACAACUGGCAGGAUUAUGUGCCGCUGCUGCGACUUUGGGGUGCGCAGAAUUCGUCGGCGGAUGAGUAUCGCGUGAGAAGGGAUCGGUACCUGACGCAGAUGCUGGAUCAUUUAAAGGGUGAGAUUGCAAAGGGGACGGAUAAGCCUUGCAUUACGGGGAAUAUUUUGAAGGAUCCGGAGGCAAAGUUGAAUCUUGCUGAGAUCAAGUCCAUCUGCUUGACCAUGGUUUCUGCUGGUCUUGAUACCGUCCCUGGCAACCUCAUCAUGGGGAUGGCAUUCCUUUCCACCAAGGAGGGACAGGCUGUACAGGCCAAGGCCCUAAAGGCAAUCGAGGAGGUGUAUCCCAACGGCGACGCAUGGGAAAAGUGCCUGGUGGAAGAAAAAGUACCGUAUAUCACGGCGUUUGUCAAAGAAGUUCUCCGAUACUGGACCGUUAUCCCCAUCUGUCUUCCUCGCACGAGCAUCCGAGACAUUCCGUACAAGGACACGGUGAUUCCUGCGGGCACAACCUUUUUCAUGAAUGCCUAUGCCGCCGACUACGACGAGGACCGGUUCAAGAUGCCUGAGAAAUUCAUCCCCGAGCGAUUCCUUGAAGACACAGAAGUUGGCACGCCGCAUUACUCAUAUGGGGCUGGAUCGCGCAUGUGUGCAGGCUCACAUCUUGCAAACCGCGAACUAUACACCGCGUACAUUCGUCUCAUUACGGCGUUUGAGAUGUUCCCGUCGGAUAAUCCUGAGGAUGAGCCUUGCAUGGACUGCAUUGAUUGCAAUGGUACGCCUACGUCGCUGACGCUGGAUCCCAAACCAUUCAAGAUUGGUAUCAAGGCAAGGUCGGAUGCGAAGCUGCGGCAGUGGAUUGCUGAGGCCGAGGAACGGACUGUACAUUUACGAUAA